UCCUUCCACUUCCUGGAUCUUAGUGAAUCUUUAGCGGACCAGCAGUGCAAUAACACAGCACAAUGGCUGGCCAGAUCACGGCGCUGUUGUUUUGUCUCUGUGAACUUGUCUUCGUAACGAAUGUUGUAUUUGCUUACGACAACGUUGCUUUGGGAAAAACUGCAAAACAGUUGAAUCCAUAUCCCAAUAAACCAUGGGGAGCGGAACGAGCAGUGGACGGACUGAAAUCAAAAUUUACAGCUACAGGAAGACAGUGUACGAUAUCCAACAAUUAUAAACAAAGAGCGAAGUGGUGGGUGGAUCUAGGAGGUGUCCUCAGUAUACGUCACAUAACCAUACACUACAGGACGGACAAUUUAGCCUGGGAUUUCAAUAACGGUUACACCGCUCGAUUCCUUGGUUUCUCGGUAUACAUAUCGAAUACAACCAACAAAGAUGACGGGGUGCUGUGUUUUAAAGACACGAUGUACACCAACGCCACAAUACCAAACCCGACAAACAUAACAUGUCCUAGACACGGACGUUACGUCAUUUAUUACAACGAGAGACUACAGAAUGUCACUUAUCCUGAUGGAUAUUCUCAGUACGCAAAGAACGAACUCUGUGAAUUUGAAGUUUACGGUUGUCCAAAAUCAGACGUAUAUGGAGAAAACUGCGAUAAACCGUGUUCCAAGAACUGUCAGGAGAGCCACUGUAACAUAGUGAACGGAACAUGUCUGGGGUGUAUUCCGGGCUACAAGGGGUCGUUCUGUGAUCAGCCCUGUAAUGAUAAUAAAUACGACCUGGAGUGUAAACAGAACUGCGGUAACUGUAGCGAUGGGUUACAGUGCAAUCACGUGAACGGAAGUUGUCCAAACGGAUGUGACGCCGGAGCUCAAGGCGAUAGAUGUGAUGAAGAAUGUCCUGGUGGUUUCUAUGGAAAGAAUUGUGCUACAUCAUGCAAUCCAAAUUGUAGAGGUCAUUGUAAUAGAUUUAAUGGCCGGUGCGAGUCUAGUUGUAAUCUGGGAUGGAAAGGAACAUCAUGCGAGAAAGAAUGUGAAGGGAGAUUUUAUGGAGAGAACUGUACACAACCCUGCGGUCAAUGUCGGGAUUUAGAACAGUGUCAUCACAUUAACGGAACAUGUUUAAACGGCUGUGACAGAGGAUAUGAAGGCGGGAAAUGUACUGAAGGAUGUCCAGAAAGUCGCUAUGGUUACAACUGCCAAGAGAGAUGUAACAUUAACUGUGGAGACCCUGAGAGAUGUGACAGAGUAACAGGACAGUGUCAGAAUGGAUGUCAGGCGGGGUGGAAAAAUCACAAAUGUGAUUCAAAAUGCGAUGGCAAUACAUUUGGACUAGGCUGUAGUCAGUCAUGUGGAGUUUGCUUGGGUAAUGAACAGUGUCAUCACGUAAACGGCACGUGCACCGAAGGUUGCGACAGAGGUUACGAAGGAAUCAAUUGUACACAAGAAUGUGACGGGAAAUUGUAUGGAGAGAACUGUACACAACCCUGCGGUCAAUGUCGGGAUUUAGAACAGUGCCAUCACAUUAACGGAACAUGUUUAAACGGCUGUGACAGAGGAUAUGAAGGCGGGAACUGUACUGAAGAAUGUCCAGAAGGUCGCUAUGCUUACAACUGCCAAGAGAGAUGUAACAUCAAUUGCGGAGACCCUGAGAGAUGUGACAGAGUAACAGGACAGUGUCAGAAUGGAUGUCUGGCUGGGUGGAAAAAUCAGAAAUGUGAUUCAAAAUGCGAUGGUAAUACAUUUGGACUAGGCUGUAAUCAGUCAUGUGGAGUUUGUUUGGGUAACGAACAGUGUCAUCAUGUGAACGGAACAUGCACCGAAGGUUGCGACAGAGGUUACGAAGGAAUCAAUUGUACACAAGAAUGCCCUAGUGGUCGGUAUGGAAUGAAUUGUGACGAGAAGUGCAAACCAAAUUGUAGAAGUUGUAACAGAUUUAAUGGUACGUGCGAGUCGGAUUGUCUUUCUGGGUGGAAAGGAAUAUUCUGCGAGAAAGAAUGUGACGGGAGAUUGUAUGGAGAGAACUGUAUACAACCCUGUGGUCAAUGUUGGAAUUUAGAACAGUGUCAUCAAAUUAACGGAACAUGUUUAAACGGCUGUAACAGAGGAUAUCAAGGCGGGAAAUGUACUGAAGGGUGCGGCUGGAAGUCCUUUGGUUAUAACUGCAAUGAAACGUGCAGUAUGAGGUGCUUCAAUCAAACAUGUGACACUGUGACCGGAUCAUGUGUACAGAUGGACAAACAAAAACAAGGAAGUUCUGAUGACAGCGCUCCGAUUACAGUUGUAAUCGUGUUUUGCAUUCUUGGCCUCGUUGUUGUUGUUGUAGUUGUUAUCGUGUUCAGAAGAAUGAGAUCGACUAAAACAAGAACUAAUCCACCUCCUCAAGAGAGAUUUCCAAUGGAAACAGCGGAGAAUGUAUAUCAGAACAACGAUCAAGACAGUCAAGCCUUUAACCACAGCAGCGAGAACUUGGUGUCCAAAGAUAAGGUCGUCUCAAAACCAGAAAUGAAAUCAACAAAGAAACACGAAACCAAGGCUGAUUACGACAUUGAUGACGAAGGCGUAGAGAAUCCUUAUAGGGAUAUGUACAUAAAUCAAGAAACCCUAGCUGAUGUCCCCGUCAGUCGGCUGGAGAGAGUGAUUACUGAUAAAAAGAAAGACGAAGCGGAUGGAUUUAAAAGAGAAUAUGCUAUCUUGCCAUACGGUGAACAGCACAAGUGUGAUGCCGGGAAGCGACCCGAAAACGUGUCGAAAAACAGAUUUAAAACAACUUUUCCGUAUGAUCAUUCCAGAGUCAUUUUAAAGGGAGAUAAUGGAACAUCGUCUGACUAUAUCAACGCCAAUUACAUCAAUGGAACAGACGAACAGAAUGAAUACAUUGCUUCACAAGGACCUAAACAAAACACUCUGGUGGAUUUCUGGGCGAUGAUAUGGCAGGACAAUGUUAGUCAGAUUGUGAUGUUGACAAAUCUUCAAGAGGGGAUUAAGCUAAAAUGUACACAGUACUGGCCAGAAGGAAUGAAAGCCAAAACCUUUGGACAAUUUGUGGUCAAAUCUAUGGAAGAGAAAAAAUAUGCCUUUUACGUCAUCAGAAGAUUCUCCGUUUCACACAAACAGCUCAAAAUGGCCCGCGUUGUCACACAAUAUCACUACACCUCCUGGCCGGAUCAUGGGACUCCACAUCCGCUCUGUUUGAUUGUUUUCCACGAUUACGUGACGCGAACAAACACCAGUCAAACGAAAGCACCAACUGUUGUACAUUGCAGUGCCGGAAUAGGGCGGACUGGCACAUAUAUCGCCCUGGAUGCUUUGUAUAAAGCCGGGAAGGUGACAGGCAAAGUUAAUGUAGCGGAGUACGUAAAGACAAUGAGAGCAAAUCGAAUGAACAUGGUCCAAACCUAUGAACAAUACAUGACGGUGUUUCUUGCUCUGAAUGACUACUUUAAAGCUGGUGUUGAUACCCUAAGUCUUGAUCAGUUCACGCAGAAGACAGAGAAUUUAACGGGAGACCAGCCAGCCAACCAGACGACAAUUAGGAAGGAGUUUGAGCUCCUGAUGAAAAUGAGACCUGUGUAUUCACCAGCAGAUUAUAAAAUUGCCAUCCAACAUGUUUUGAACAAAAAGGAGUACGAUGUAUUACCACUUGACAAGUACAGUUUAUAUCUAACAUCAUCGAUUGCAAAACGUGGAAACUUCAUCAAUGCCAUCCAUGUCCCCUCGUACACAGAUGAUAGGACCUUCAUAGUGACGAAUUAUCCACCACCAGAGGGAGCUGUGGACUUUCUUCGCCUGCUCAAUGACUAUAAAUCUAAUACAGUGAUCUGCAUGGAUCCGUUACGUGAAAUUGAAUCGUCGAAAACAUGGUUACCUGCAGAUCCAGGUUCGAUUAAGUCCUUGCCGCCAUUUGCCGUGCGCUAUGAGUCUGACACUAACACAGAUGUUAAGACUACAACAGCACAGAUUGCAAGAGAAGAGGGGAUACCUCAUCUUAUAACAUUUGUAGAACCAAAAGGAUCAGAGCAAUCUUCCGGAACUCCUCGUGACACUUCGUUUCUCCGAAGCUUAGUGUCAUUUGCUCAGAAUCUCCCUACAGAAUACCCAAUCACUGUCGUCAGCAAAGAUGGCGCCAUGCUGUGUGGUGUUUUCUGUUCGGUGUAUAACGUGAUACAACAGCUGAAGAUGGAUGGCAGUAUUGACGUCUUUACAGCUGUACGACAACUACAGACAAGGAGACCAGAAUUCUGUUCUACUCAAGACGAGUAUCUGUUGGUGUAUAGAGCUGUUUGUGACUACAUCGAGGCUACAUCAGAAAACGUAUACUACAAUCAAUAGAGGAGGAAGGAGCGUGAUGUGUUGUUUUAAUUGGUGUUGAGAACUUUCUCAUUUGAUAUUGACGGUUUACGUCAUCCUGUAGAGUAAUUUUAUAGUUUUAUUAUGAUUUCGUUAUAUCUAUUUCAUCGAUUGAAACGUUUAUAGUGUGAGAGAGAUAGAGAAAGUAAGAGAGAUUAGAGGAUUUUUUCUACGAAUUAGAAGGUAGAAUACGGGCCUUAAAUCCCUCCUUUGAGAAUUCGACAUGGACAAAUAUUUAGAAUUGUAUUUAGUACACAAAAUCGUGAAUAUUCCACAACCAGCAUGACUUGACCAUAUCAUAUAUUCUAUAUUCACAGGAAGGUUCACACAAUUAAUGAAAAUUCCAAACUUUCUUAAUUUUGACAAUCGAAUUUCAAUUUCAAAGCAUACACAUAUGUACUGCGUCCGAUAAUACUGUAAAUGUAUUACAUUUGGCUGUGUAUUCUAUUUAGCGCCUUUGGCGGAACGCAGCUUCCGCUAAAUCAAGUACAUCGCUAAAUGCCAUCCGUAAAUCUAGAUGUUUAAAGUAAUUCAGGAAUGCGCUAAAUCAAAUCUGCGCUAACUUGUUGAAAAAACGAUUGCGCUAACUUGUUGAAAAAACGAUUUCCGCCAAAUAUCGUACACGCCAAAUAUAAUACGUUUACAGUAUUGAGUACACGCUUGCAUAUUUCACAUACCAGGUCAUCAAAAGUAACUUUGGUAUGAAAAUGUACAUAGCAAACAUCUUCAGAAUGUUUCUCACAGCAAAAUGUACGCACAAUUUCAAAAUAAUAGACAAGUCAUUUUCUUCUGAAACCAACAAAUUAUUAGUACAGUGUAUUUGUGAUGGAUUGAAUAGUUUAACGUCCCUCUCGAGAAUAUUUUACUCAUAUGGAGACGUCACCAAUGCCGGUGAAGGGCUUCAAAAUUUCGGCCUAUGCUCGGCGCUUAUGGCCUUUGAGCAGGGAGGGAUCUUUAUCGUGCCACAUCUGCUGUGACACGGGACCUCGGUUUUGCGGUUUCAUCCGAAGGACCGCCCCAUUUAGCCGCUUUCUACGACAAGCAAGGGGUACUGAGGACCUAUUCUAACCCGGAUCCCACAAUCCUGUGCACGUGAUUCUAUCCACUUCCAUUCAUGAUCGCUAUUAUACUAUUAAUAAGUUUAUAUUUUUCUACUGAUACAUCAUCUUAUCGCAUGUUUUUACGAAAUGUCAUGGUUUUAAGUCUUUUGAAAUGUAAGUGAAAAAUGAGGACCAACCUUGUGUUUUAUUUUACAUGGUAUUAGCAUUUUAAAGGUGGUUCACUACAUCUUCGAAGAAUUUCUAAAAUAAGCAUAAACCGAUUUAAGAGUACAUGUACAUAUGCCGAAAAGACAAAAUAUGCAAUUGUUGAUUAAAAACCAACGAUUUUCAGAAAUUCAUUUCAAUGAAUAUGAAUAAAAGACUGGCGUAUUUGAAAUCGGAAUUUGCAGGUCAGUAACCCAACACCACGAUGACAAAUAAAUCGAUCGACAGAAAUAAUUUCACAAAACAUUUACAAUGUAGAUGGCCAUCUUGAAGCUUAGUCAUAAAAUGUAUAUUAAGUGAAGUCAUCGUGUGAUGAGCCACCUUAAUUGGUAACUUUUCGAUAGUACUGUUUUGCAAUACAUUUCUAUCGCAUGUUUACGGAUAUCACUCAUUCCAUUAUUACACUAUUUUCCUGCGUCGUGCUUAAAGUCACAAACGUACGUAAAAUUUACAUAGUUUGUUUACAAACAUAAUUAUAUGUCAGAAAGCGAAAUUCCCAACAUCACUGUUGUAAAGAUCAACUAAAGUAUAUCUUGAAGUGAUUGACAGCUGCAGCAGGACUAUUCUUAGGGACUUAAGAUUAACAAAUUUGUGCUCUCAAACGAUUUAGUUAAAAAAAAAAUAUAAAGUGACAAGAACAUACUUGCCAACCUAAUUAUGCAGAUAACUGACCACAAAAAUAUCCAAUCAAUUAACUACAGCAAUUUAAAUGAAAUCCUCAGAUACAUGUCGACAAUGCUCUCAAAGUGGAACAACAAACACAACUAUAAAUGUGACAGGAAGAGUACAAAACAUUGCGAAUAGUAACUUUUGGGGUGGGAAAAUAAUUGUAAACAUCCGAAACGAAUUCCUCAUCCGAAAAAAUACCACGUGUAAUCUAGGCUAGUCUCGCUGUCCGGGCCCAGACUCUCGCUCUUGAAACUUUGCACGAGCGAGUCUGGUACGAUUGUGAUUUCAAAUCGAGGCUUACCGAGAAAUCGGUCGGUAUUUUUUCUGAUAGAAACGUGGAGGAACUGAAGUUCGAAGCAACUGUUGAAAGUUUGAUCUAUCCUUAUCUAGUCUCGCUUUCCCCGCUUUGUCAAGUGCCAGCUUCUAAUGUCUCUCUAUUACAAAGUUGUAACUUUCACAAAUAUUUCAACCUUAUUUCUUUUUAACUAGUGACCUUGACUUAAGUUCAAGUUUGGCAAUAAGUAUCCUUUGUCACGUGUGCUUUAGAAGGUAACAGUAUCAUAAUCAACGGACAUAACGCAAAUUCCAAUAUUCCAUCCACGCAAGCAAUUACUUUGGUAGAUCUUCAAAGGCAAAGGGAGUUAGUUCUUAAUGAUUUUAUAUUUUCUUUACCCAUAGUCCAAAAUAUCGCAAUUCGGGUAGAGACUCCCCGACUAAUCAUAACUGUAGCUAUUUCCCGCGUGAAGUUCACGCCUACCGUGACAAGGAACGUUUCAAAGUCAUAGCCAAAACGUCGCGACUGGUCAACAUGACCUGCCAAUUACUGGAAGAAAUUCCAUAUCCAAGCAAGAAAGAACCUUACCUCAUCACCGAAGCAAGUACUGUAAAAAUGACAUACUAAAGUACAACUCUAUAUUCAACAUAUUUAAUUCAUGAUCAAAUAUUCCUCAUGCAAAAUAUACAAAAAAUUUAACACUGUACAGAGUAUAGCAUUAUCCAAGAGCUGGAAAUACAUAGAAUUCAACGCUUAUGAAAGACAUCUGCAAUGCAUGAACAUACAAUCUCUCAACGCAGACUUUUACUUUUAACUGUUUUAACUUUUAACCUACAUGUACUUGUGCCAUUGAACCGUGAAGCAAACAAGCUAAGCUACAGAUUCCGAAAGGUAAAGAACAAAUCUAUUUCAUUCCCUAACAUAUCAUCGACUCUUCUGUUAUAAUAUAAAAUUCUCAUACGAGGGAAACAUAAAAAUUCUAGUACAAAUUUGUGACAAAAAUCCGAAUCAGAGAACCAUGAAUAUAAACUAUUGAGCGAUUUUCAUGCGAUCAUUUCUUUUUACUGCUCCGAGUUUAUUCACAGAUAUUCUUCUUGAUACCCAUUAAAUAGCAUGAUGAACAUGACUUUACUCUAUGACUCAAGGACAUGAAAUACACUAUGGCAAACAGCCAUUGAAUGAACUGCAGAUAGCGCACAAUAAUAUCUCUUAAUGAGGUAGUGCACAUGUACAUGUGGAGCCAAACGUUGCUACACCGCACUGUCUCUUUGGCAACACAGUUUGAAAGACGUGUAUUUUACCGUCACUUACGUUAAUACUACAUGAUUUCAAACGUCCGAAAUUAAAAAUGGAAAAAAUAUAGUACGUAAAUACACGAUACAUAUGAAAUAUCUGAUGAAAAAUUCUCACAAAGAGCAUUCAAACAAUAAUAGCCAAGAUAUUAUAUUUGAAACUUCAAAACUACACGCCACGUGCAAUUUACGGCACACCAGUCAUGCACAACUCUAAUUUGUGUAAUUAUGUAUACUUGUCCUAUAAAGUACAAUUUACACCUUUACAUUUCAAAAAUAAGACUGCUUCAAGAACCAAAUCUGUGUCAUUUUGUGUUAAAGUUCCUUUAGAGACAUACAUUUAUAAGAACAAGAACAAAAACAUUGUUAAUUUAUUGUCAGGUGCGCGUCCGAUUAGAGACGUUCCACUUUACUAGUUGCACAGCUACACGUGAACUAUUGAUGCGUCUAUUCUGUAGAUAAUACAAUAAACGAUGUUUGCAUCUUCAACACAAGUGUAUAAUGAGUCAUCCUUCACGAAAAGGCUGCAAAUUAUAUGUACAUUGUACAAAAGUAUAACAAUUUCUGAAGCAUCUUGGUGUUGGGUUUCCUCAGACACUUAAAAAAAUUUAUGUUCCCUGUGAUUUUUCAUGAAGCAUGAGCAUGUUUAUACUUUAUCUUCAUAAUGUACAAUCUACAAUUAAACUGUACAAUUAUAAAAUUUGUUCUUCCUUUUUUCCCCCUAUAUACUACUGGAAAAUAUAACACUUGAAAUGUACACGUCUGUAAACUGAAAUUAUUUACAAAAUGCUUUUAAAAUUUCACAACUACAAUAAUCAUCCUGUUCAUCUUUGAAUUAGCCUUCGCGUAACUCUGUAUCAAAACAAGAGCCGAGAACACAAAAAGGAGGUCAUAAUUUGUACAACUCAAAACUAUCCAGUACAAGAAUACUGAAAUAACAAUUUGUUGCAGCUUCGCGGUUUGGACAAAAAAAAUCGUCCACUUGAUGAUGAUAUUGCUCUCGAUUUGAACAGAUAUUCUUUGAUUCCGUUUUACUUAAAAAAAAUAUUUUGUGUCGAGUCCUGAAGAUGUAAACAUAAACUUUGAUCAGAACAGCUUAUACAUCAGUUCACCAAUACAUGCAAUGCUUUUAAACCCCCAAACUACGAAGACAUAGUACAUAUAUGCAUGGAUUACGAAACAUUUAAAACACGAUGAUCAAUUCAAAAUUUAAGACCCUUUUGCAAAAUGUCACCCUAAGAAUAUGUAUGUAUCUUCAUUUCUUAAAAAUACAUGAGCUUUCAGUGAAAUUCCGAUUGUCUACCAACCAGGACACAACAUAAUAAGGUCUCAUGUUGAACACGUUGUAAGAAAAGUUGCAGAAUAUACAGUACCAGGAGAGACAAAUCAUCUCACCUACAGAGACAUAUCAUCUCAACUAUAUUGUUGAUGCUAGUGAUUACUGAAGAAACCUGAAAUGCAUCGUGGAGAUUUGUUUUCUUUUCCAGUAAACUUUACACAAUUCUAAUAUCAUUCAUGUACUUUGAAAUUGGACAAACAUAUGACAUUCACGAGUCAGGUGAUAAAAUAAUUACAUGCCCUCUCUAUAGGGCCAUAACUUGCAGGGUUGUCCUUGCUCAUCUUCUCCAAGCAAUGACAUGUAUGCCGGCUUCGUAUUGGUAGAGACUGGGGGUACUAUUGCCCUAAAUUAUUGUUUUGACACGUCUAUCGUCCAAUAUUCCUCAGAGGUGUGUCUGGAAAAAAAACAGAUAAGAAGGUCAAACAAGAAUUUCAUUGGUUACAAAAAAGUGUGAAACAUACUGAAUUAAAAAUCAAACAUCUUAUAAAGACCUCCCUUAUCUUCUGAUAACAAAAACUCCAGAUAAUAAAGAGGGAAUUUUCAAUCAAAUGAAGUCAAUAAUUUGUGAUACUGGAUUCUCAAUAGAUAUAAUUACGCAUUAUUAAACAAUAUUAUGAAAGAAAUUAUGUUGAGUGACCGAAAGAUUCACUAGACAUAGUUACAUCUCAGAAAACAGAUUUGACUAAGACAACAUCCACUGCAUAUCUUAACAAAUGUAUAUUUAAAAAAAUGUUAUGCAAAUUGCCAUCCACAAUCAGACCUAAACUAACGCGUGGAGGUUAAUGCACAUAUCACACUAUAGUAUAUGAUUAACUGUUUUUCCCUGCUAGUAAUCUAAAAUAACUAUACAGGUUACAGGUAAAAAUUUCUUGGGACCCCUAAAACUCAAAGGUAUGAAAAAGCUAAAUCUUCUUUUGUUUUCUUCACAUAAUUGUCUUUCAUAUUUACAGUCCUUUGGGGGUACAUAGCAUCAAACAUGACAGAAUGACUAAAUUUAUUUUAAAAAUACAAUAUUUUGUGAACAUUACAUUAAGUGCUGCUUUGGACAAACAUUUUUCUCCAUCAAUUAUUUAUACUGGAAAUAUAAAUCUUGGGCAUAAAUAUAAAAUAUCCCCACACCUAUGUUCAAUGUUUUCUGUAAAAAAAAAAAGUGAAUACAUAGCCAUUUGGAGUCAAAAUACUGAAAAUGGCAAUAAAGCAUCAUAUUUAUGACGUCACAAGUCCUAUUCCACGUCAUUUUAGUCAAAUUGAAAAUAACACUGGAGUUACGUACAAAUUCUUGCACAAAAUCUACUUAAUUUUGAAACGAAAUUCCAACUCUCGAUAUCGGUCAUCUUCGAUAAUCAUCAUAUCUAGUGUAAUCCUUGAUCACCCAUAUAAAGGGAUCAUGGCAACUACUAUCAGUUUGGGGGUUGGGGUUGAAAUGUUAACCUAUCUUUUGUUCAUCACGUGAUCCUGAAGGAAGACUACCAAUAUCGAUAAGUGUGUCGCAUUUAAAUAAAUCCUUUAAUCAAUUUCUGCAUCUUAAUAUUCAUAAUUUCUAAUAGUAAGACGAAUCUGUAUACAAGAUAAAUUAAAUCAUUAACAGCUCUGUAUAAUCGCGAGGUACAUGUAAUAAGCUAUAGAGAACGAAUUCGGAUGAUGUGAAUAGCAAUUUGCAACUUCAUCUACUCGUAUUCAAUACAACAGAAACAUAGUAUUCCAUGAAAUUCUGAACUGGUAUACAUGUAUUACAAUGGGUCAAGUACACGAGAAACCGCCACCAAAAAACGUCACAUGCACGGGAUGAAAAUACCAAGUAACAUGUGUAUUCGUCUACUGUAAUGUCAGCGCUAAAUGUGGUCCUAAUAUCAAUGAUUGAUUGAUUGAGUAUCAAUGAUAUAUGAGUGGAGUCAUUCUUAUGUGAUAGAAAAUAUUUGUCAACCUCAUUCACAACUUCAGUUUUAGAAGCGUUAUUUUUCAAAAUGUUCUCCAAAAAAUGAAAGAGAACACGAUCGUGAUAGUCAACACUUUCCCCAACCAUGGACAUAAUUUCCCAAUAAUCAUACAAAAUUUGAAAUGAAAUUACUUUUCACAUCUUUCAUUCUACACUAAGAAAAAGAAAAAAAUUUACAUCCUUCUUUUUUGCACCAUAACAUUAAAAACAUCCUAAUGAUAUGUAGAUACCAAACAUUUACACUAAUUAAUUAAUUUAUAAUAAGUGGAAUAUUUUAUUCUCAAACAUUUCUGACAUAAGGAAAUAGGGUUAUUGGCUGUUAUCUGUUGUGGGUUUCCAAAUUUUCACAUUCUGUUUUCUCUCAAAUUUCAAGAAAUAUUCAUAGAACAAUGAAUACAAUGAAAAUUAAACAAGGGCAACAAGUAAUUCUUUAUAUUUUUUUUGUUAAUUGCUGACAUUUCCUAUUUGAAAGUAAUAUCUUACAUGUAAACUUCUAUCUUAUGGGAAGUCAUUUCUGAAUGAAUAUUUCUUUUUUUUAAUUCAAGGAUACUUUUUUUUACAACAAUAAAACAACAUGAAAGUAUAGGGUGAACACCAAGUGUUACUAUGUAUCUCAUUCCUAAAAAGACUGAGGCAAACCAACAAAAUAAUCACGUGAUAGUACUGGGAAAAAUUCAUGAGAAAUUCCGUUGAUACCAUAUUCAUCCUCUCAAUUGCCAUCAAGAUCAGAAUCUUUUUUUUUUUAAUAAGAAAGAAAUAAAGCUAGUACAUUUCUUUUAAAUUUUGAAAUAAUGGUGACUGUCUUUAAAUUUUUACAAAAUGGGAAAACAAAUUUUAAUAACUUUUGAUAAAUCACGCUCCCCCCACCCCCUUUAAUAGUAAGAUCGACCAGAGUACCAGUAUUCGUAAUCUAAAUUUAAAAAAAAAAACCGGUUACGUAAGGUAGAAGAAGUACAUAUGGGAGAAAUUGAAAUAAGAGUUACGGGAUGAAGACAGUAUUUCACUGAUUUGAAGUUUCCAAUCUAGAAACUCAUUUUCCUUCUCUUCACAAUCAUUGGUGAUUAUAUAAUGCUAGUUUGCCUGUCUUUUGACUUCCUAAGAUGAGCAACGGACUUGAAAGAUGUGCAUUUAUGUUACACAGUACCCUUUUUCAAUGGCCAUCUAUUUCUGAAAACAGAAAGAAAAAGAAUACAAACUGUGAUACCAACAGUCCACAUCUACACUAAACCAAAAUGUGCACUUUCAUUGACAAUCGUUUAUUUGUAAACGUGAAAUCAAACGUGAUCAGCUACACUGUAGUGAUUGGUGAAUUGGAAAAAAAAUUCCUUCUAUAAAAGACCACUCAGAAGUGGUUAUAGUAAGCAUACAUGUAUAUAUUUUUAAAAUAGAUCAACUUAGCCACUAUUUUAUGCAAAUUUACCAUUCAAGUCCUACUUCGGUGUUUGAGCAUGACGUAAACCAUGCAACAGCGUUCUACAGGCUUAUAACAAGUAACAAUAUCUUGUCAGUCGUAAAAAAGAAAUUUGAAUGGAUGAACAUUUCUUAUUUUUCAAUACCAAA